CCGUCCACCGCGAAAGGGGAGGACCAACACCUUCCGUCUCGGGAGAGAGGGAAACAGCAAAUUCUACUUCCCCGUCUGAUGCACCAUCAAUUAUACCCCUCCCAUCUUUUCUCCAAAACCCUAGUCUAGAUUUUCCCUUUCGAAAUUCACCACCGUUCUUCCACAAAACCCAAUAAUUUCACUCCUAAUUCAUUCAAAUCACAAGUAUACAACUGCUAAUUCUUAAAAUCACACUAUUCUCAAAAAGCUUCUUACUUUCUCGUUCUUAAACCCUAGUUCUCAAGUCUGUUUACUUCAAAGCUUCGGCUUUUAGGGAUAAUACAACAUGAGUCCCAUCCAGAAUUUCGAGCAGCAUUCUCGUCACCUUCUCGAACCCGACCUCCCAAUUCAAACAAGACUACAGAUGGCAAUGGAGGUACGGGAUAGUUUGGAGAUAACACACACAGGGGAGUAUUUAAAUUUUCUUAAAUGUUAUUUUCGUGCAUUUUCCGGUGUUUUAUAUCAAAUUACAAAGCCACAGUUCGCGGACAAUCCUGAACAUAAGCUGAGGAACAUUGUGGUUGAGAUACUGAAUAGGCUUCCUCAUAGUGAAGUCCUAAGACCAUUUGUACAGGAUCUAUUGAAGGUGGCAAUGCACGUUCUUACGACGGACAACGAAGAGAAUGGCUUAAUUUGCAUCCGUAUUAUCUUUGAUUUGCUUAGGAACUUCAGGCCUACUUUAGAAAAUGAAGUUCAACCCUUUUUGGACUUUGUUUGUAAAAUUUACCAGAAUUUUAGGGCUACUGUGAGUUAUUUCUUUGAGAGUGGGGCGAUGGCAGUUCCUCCACCGCCUGCCCCCACUUCGUCUAUGUCGUCUUUGGGUGAGUCAGACGUGAAGCCAAUGGAGGUGGAUCAAAUGAGUACUUCUAGUGGGGGGUAUUUUGGUGCUGGUCAACUUAAUCCCAGUACGAGAUCAUUUAAGAUAGUUACUGAGAGUCCGUUGGUAGUGAUGUUUCUGUUUCAGUUAUAUAGCCGGCUGGUCCAGACGAACAUUCCCCAUUUGUUGCCCUUGAUGGUUUCAGCCAUAUCAGUGCCAGGUCCUGAGAAGGUGCCUCCUCAUUUGAAGACUCACUUUAUUGAGCUCAAGGGUGCACAGGUUAAGACAGUUUCUUUCUUAACGUACCUGUUGAAGAGUUUCGCUGACUAUAUUAAGCCGCAUGAAGAGGGUAUUUGUAAAAGCAUUGUGAAUCUGCUUGUCACAUGUUCGGACUCAGUCUCUAUCCGAAAGGAACUGCUGGUGGCCCUGAAACAUGUUCUUGGGACAGAUUUCAAGAGGGGGUUGUUCCCCCUUAUUGACACGCUUUUGGAAGAGAGGGUCCUUGUUGGAACCGGCCGUGCAUGCUUUGAGACAUUGAGGCCUUUGGCUUAUAGCCUAUUGGCGGAGAUUGUUCACCAUGUCAGGGGGGAUCUUUCUUUGUCCCAGUUAUCACGGAUAAUUUAUCUUUUCUCAAGCAACAUGCACGAUGCUUCUUUGUCGCUCAGCAUCCAUACCACAUGUGCUCGUCUGAUGUUAAAUCUGGUGGAACCGAUUUUUGAGAAAGGUGUCGACCAACACUCCAUGGAUGAAGCAAGGAUUUUGUUGGGUCGGAUUUUGGAUGCUUUUGUUGGCAAAUUCAACACGUUUAAGCGUACAAUUCCACAGCUCAAGAGACUUCCUGUUUAUGCCACUAAAGAGCAAGACGAGACCAGCCAGGUGCUUACACAAGUUCUUCGUGUGGUGAAUAAUGUUGAUGAAGCAAAUAGUGAAGCACGGAGGCAAAGCUUCCAAGGAGUUGUUGAAUACUUCGCAUCAGAGUUGUUUAAUCCUAAUGUGUCUAUUAAUGUGAGGAAGAUUGUGCAGUCUUGUUUAGCACUUUUGGCAAGCAGGACUGGUAGUGAGGUUUCUGAGUUGCUUGAACCCUUAUACCAACCUUUGCUUCAGCCUCUUAUACUACGUCCAUUACGGUCAAAGACUGUUGAUCAACAGGUGGGGACUGUUACAGCUUUGAACUUUUGCUUGGCCUUGAGACCUCCACUUCUAAAGUUGACUCAGGAGCUGAUCAAUUUCCUGCAAGAAGCAUUGCAAAUAGCUGAGGCUGAUGAAACAGUAUGGGUUAUGAAAUUUAUGAAUCCUAAGGUAGCAACCUCGUUAAACAAACUGCGCACAGCCUGCAUUGAAUUACUCUGCACUGCUAUGGCGUGGGCCGACUUUAAAACCCAAAAUCAAUCUGAAUUGCGUUCAAAAAUUAUUUCAAUGUUCUUCAAGUCUCUGACAAGCAGAAAUUCAGAAAUUGUAGCUGUUGCAAAGGAAGGGUUGCGACAGGUCAUACAACAGCAAAGGAUGCCAAAAGAACUUCUACAAAGUAGUCUUAGACCUAUAUUGGUUAACUUGGCCCACACUAAAAAUCUCAGCAUGCCUCUUCUUCAAGGUUUGGCCCGCCUGCUUGAACUUCUGUCCAAUUGGUUUAAUGUGACCUUAGGUGGCAAGUUACUGGAGCAUCUUAGGAAAUGGUUGGAACCUGAAAAGCUAGCACAGUGCCAGAAAUCGUGGAAGGCUGGCGAGGAACCAAAAAUAGCUGCUGCUAUUAUCGAACUCUUCCACCUGCUUCCCUCUGCAGCUGGGAAGUUUCUGGAUGAGCUUGUGACAUUGACUAUAGAUUUGGAAGCAGCCCUUCCACCUGGGCAGUUUUACAGUGAGAUUAACAGUCCGUAUAGGCUGCCAUUGACCAAGUUCCUGAAUCGGUAUCCAACUGCUGCUGUUGAUUACUUUCUUGCUCGAUUAUGUCAACCUAAAUACUUCAGGCGGUUUAUGUACAUCAUAAGGUCAGAUGUUGGACAACCUCUAAGAGAAGAACUUGCAAAAUCACCAGAAAAGAUAAUUGCAAGUGCCUUUCCUGAAUUUAUUACCAAAUCUGAUGCACCUGCUGGACAAGAAUCUUUGAGUCGGCCAAGCACUUCAACUGGUGAUGAAGGCCUUGCUGCUGCUCAAGCCGAGGCUUCUGUCCCUUCAGUUUCAACCAAUGUGGCACCUCAGGAUGCUUAUUUCCAGGGUCUUGCCUUGGUGAAAACUUUGGUCAAGUUGAUGCCUAACUGGUUACAGAACAAUCGUGUUGUCUUUGAUACGCUGGUACUGAUGUGGAAGUCACCAGCAAGAAUCUCCCGUCUGCAAAAUGAACAGGAAUUAAACUUAGUGCAGGUCAAAGAGAGCAAAUGGCUUGUCAAAUGCUUCCUGAAUUAUUUGCGACAUGAUAAAACUGAAAUCAAUGUUCUGUUUGAUAUCCUUUCCAUCUUCCUCUUUCGUACUCGUAUAGACUUUACCUUCUUGAAGGAGUUUUAUAUCAUUGAGGUUGCUGAAGGAUAUCCAUCCAACAUGAAGAGAACCCUGCUCCUGCAUUUUUUGAACCUUUUCCAAUCGAGACAACUUGGUCUUGAUCAUUUGGUGGUUGUAAUGCAAAUGCUUAUUCUUCCAAUGCUUGCUCAUGCAUUUCAGAAUGGUCAGACUUGGGAUGUAGUUGACUCUGCUAUAAUUAAGACUAUUGUUGACAAGCUUCUUGACCCUCCUGAAGAGGUCUCUGCUGAUUAUGAUGAGCCUUUGAGGAUAGAGCUUUUGCAACUCGCUACUCUCCUUCUCAAGUAUCUGCAGACGGACCUUGUUCAUCAUCGGAAGGAACUUAUAAAGUUUGGUUGGAAUCAUCUUAAACGUGAAGAUAGUGCUAGUAAACAGUGGGCAUUUGUUAAUGUCUGCCAUUUCUUGGAGGCUUAUCAAGCUCCAGAGAAAAUUAUACUUCAGGUAUUUGUCGCUCUCCUCAGGACUUGCCAGCCGGAGAAUAAAAUGUUGGUUAAGCAAGCACUUGAUAUACUCAUGCCAGCACUUCCAAGAAGGUUACCUCUUGGUGAUUCCCGUAUGCCUAUCUGGAUACGUUACACUAAAAAGAUUCUUGUUGAGGAGGGUCAUUCUAUCCCUAAUCUCAUCCACAUUUUCCAGCUCAUAGUUCGCCAUUCAUAUCUAUUCUACAGUUGUAGAGCACAGUUUGUACCUCAGAUGGUGAACUCUCUGAGUCGCCUUGGAUUGCCAUAUAAUACUACAGCUGAAAAUAGACGACUUGCAAUUGAACUUGCUGGGUUGGUUGUGAACUGGGAACGACAAAGACAAAGCGAAAUGAAAAUAGUACCUGCUAAUGAUGGGACUGGUCAAAAUGCUGAUGGACUGAGUCAUGCUUCUGCUGGUAGUGUUGAUCUUAAGCAUCCAAUGGAUGGAUCUUCAUUCUCAGAAGAUCCUGGUAAGCGCGUGAAGGUUGAACCUGGUCUUCAAUCCCUUUGUGUUAUGUCGCCUGGUGGUGCUUCUUCAAUUUCUAAUAUUGAAACUCCUGGAUCUGGUGGGCAACCAGAUGAAGAGUUUAAGCCAAAUGCAGCUAUGGAGGAAAUGAUUAUUAAUUUUCUUAUCAGAGUAGCAUUAGUAAUAGAGCCCAAAGAUAAGGAAGCAAGUUUGAUGUACAAACAAGCUUUGGAUCUGUUAUCACAAGCCUUGGAGGUGUGGCCAAAUGCUAAUGUCAAAUUUAAUUAUUUGGAGAAGCUGCUCAGCAAUGCUCCACCUUCUCAGUCAAAGGACCCUACCACAGCACUGGCCCAGGGCCUAGAUGUGAUGAACAAGGUAUUGGAGAAGCAACCUCAUCUGUUCAUCCGCAACAAUAUCAACCAGAUAUCUCAGAUUCUAGAACCGUGCUUCAAAUACAAAGUGCUUGAUGCUGGGAAGUCACUUUGCUCCCUCUUGAAAAUGGUUUCCCUUGCUUUUCCUCCUGAAGCAGCUAGUACAACACAAGAUGUGAAGAUGUUGUAUCAAAAGGUAGAAGAGCUUAUACAGAAGCACCUUGCUGCUGUUGCAGCUCCUCAGACUUCUGGAGAAGAUAAUUCAGGUAGCAUGGUCAGCUUUGUGCUUUAUGUAAUCAAAACCUUGGCAGAGGUGCACAAAAACUUUAUUGAACCAGCAAAUCUGGUCCGUCUUCUUCAGCGCCUGGCUCGAGACAUGGGGUCAUCCAUUGGAUCCCAUGUGAGGCAGGGUCAGAGAUCAGAUCCUGAUUCUGCUGUCACAUCUUCUCGUCAAGGUGCUGAUGUCGGAGUUGUCAUUACCAACCUGAAAUCUGUGUUGGGCCUUAUUAAUGAAAGGGUCAUGGCCAUCCCAGAUUGUAAACGAUCUGUAACACAAAUACUCAAUUCCCUGCUGUCUGAGAAGGGUACUGACCCUUCUGUGUUGCUUAGCAUACUAGAUGUAAUAAAGGGAUGGAUUGAAGUGGACAUGACUAAACCUGGAGUUGCUAUUGCAUCUAGUACCUUUCUUUCUCCAAAAGAUGUUGUUUCUUUCCCCCAGAGGCUUUCACAAGUGGAUAAACAGAACUUCACCCCUAGUCCUGCAGAAGAGUGGGACAAAAAGUAUCUUGAGCUUCUCUAUGGUCUUUGUGCAGAUUCAAACAAGUAUGCUCUUUCUCUGCGUCAAGAAGUUUUCCAGAAGGUAGAGAGGCAAUAUUUGCUUGGUUUACGGGCAAAAGAUCCUGAAAUGAGAAUGAGGUUUUUCUCUCUUUAUCAUGAAUCCCUUGGGAGAACAUUGUUCACAAGAUUGCAGUACAUCAUCCAAAUUCAAGACUGGGAGGCUCUGAGUGAUGUAUUUUGGCUAAAGCAAGGGCUUGAUCUUCUUUUGGCUAUAUUGGUUGAGAAUAAGUCUAUAACGCUGGCUCCAAAUUCUGCCAAGGUGCCUCCACUUGUGGUGUCAGGUUCUGUUGGUGAUUCUACAGGGCCACAACCAAUGGUCUUGGAUGUUCCAGAAGGUUCGGAAGAGACUCCUCUAACCUUUGAUAGUUUUGUGGCAAAACAUACAGAGUUUUUGAAUGAAAUGAGCAAGCUCCAGGUUGCUGAUCUUGUCAUUCCACUGCGAGAACUGGCACACACAGAUGCAAACGUUGCAUAUCACCUCUGGGUUUUGGUGUUUCCUAUUGUAUGGGUGACUUUGCACAAGGAAGAACAGGUAGCCCUUGCAAAGCCAAUGAUAACUCUGUUAUCAAAGGACUAUCAUAAGAAGCAGGCAACCCAUCGGCCAAAUGUCGUGCAAGCUCUUCUGGAAGGACUUCAGCUAAGUCAUCCUCAGCCUAGAAUGCCUAGUGAAUUAAUCAAGUACAUUGGAAAGACUUACAAUGCAUGGCACAUUGCGCUAGCCCUGCUGGAAAGUCAUGUUAUGCUUUUUUUGAAUGAUACUAAAUGCUCGGAGUCUCUGGCUGAGCUUUACCGAUUACUCAAUGAAGAAGAUAUGAGGUGUGGAUUGUGGAAGAAAAGGUCAAUUACUGCUGAGACACGGGCUGGACUUUCACUGGUUCAGCAUGGCUAUUGGCAGCGGGCUCAAAGUCUCUUCUACCAGGCCAUGGUUAAAGCAACCCAAGGCACUUAUAACAAUACGGUACCAAAAGCUGAGAUGUGUCUCUGGGAGGAGCAGUGGCUAAGUUGUGCUAGCCAACUCAGUCAAUGGGAUGUGUUGGUUGACUUUGGUAAGAUGGUUGAGAAUUAUGAGAUAUUGCUUGAUAGUCUGUGGAAACAGCCUGAUUGGGCAUAUUUGAAAGACCAUGUUAUCCCUAAGGCUCAAGUGGAGGAGACACCAAAACUUCGUAUUAUUCAGGCAUAUUUUUCCCUCCAUGAGAAGAGUACAAAUGGCGUUGCAGAGGCUGAAAACAUUGUCGGAAAAGGUGUUGAUCUUGCUUUGGAACAGUGGUGGCAGUUACCUGAAAUGUCCAUUCAUGCCAGAAUUCCCCUUCUACAGCAAUUUCAACAACUUGUUGAAGUUCAAGAAUNGAAAGAAUUCCUUAAGAUGCUAUAUUUUGACCCGUGGCAGGCUUAUAAGGAAACACACGAAGAGAUUUGGUUAGAGUAUGCAGUUAGCUGCUUUUUACAAGGCAUCAAAUUUGGUAUUCCUAAUUCCAGAAGCCACCUUGCACGGGUUCUAUAUCUUCUCAGUUUCGAUACUCCAAAUGAACCCGUAGGGAGGGCAUUUGAUAAGUACCUGGAACAGAUACCCCACUGGGUUUGGCUUUCUUGGAUUCCACAGUUAUUACUUUCCUUGCAGAGGACGGAAGCUCCACAUUGCAAGCUUGUGCUAUUAAAAGUUGCUACCGUCUAUCCACAGGCUUUGUAUUACUGGUUGCGAACAUAUUUGCUUGAGCGCCGUGAUGUUGCAAAUAAGUCUGAAUAUGGUAGAAUGGCAAUGGCACAGCAGAGAAUGCAGCAAAAUGUUGCUGGUGCCAGUGCAGCUGGAUCUAUGGGCCUUGUUGAUGGGAAUGCUAGAAUGGCUGGCCAGAGUGGGGGUUCAUCAGCUGCUGACAAUCAUAUUCCCCAGGGAGCUCAGUCCGGUGGAGGUGUUGGGUCACAUGAUGGCAGUAGUUCUCAAAUUCAGGAACCUGAAAGGCCAGACAAUAGUAUGCCCUCCGGUAAUGACCAGUCCUUACAUCAGAGUUCAUCAGGCGGUGAUGGUGGUCAAGCUGCAUUGCGCCGUAAUAGUGCUCUGACUCUGGUUGCAUCUGCUGCCAGUGCUUUUGAUGCAGCCAAAGAUAUAAUGGAAACUUUACGCAGCAAACAUUCUAAUCUUGCCAGUGAACUUGAGAUCUUGCUCACUGAGAUCGGAUCCAGAUUCGUCACUUUGCCAGAGGAGAGACUGUUGGCAGUUGUUAAUGCUCUACUUCACCGUUGCUACAAGUACCCUACUGCAACUACAGCUGAAGUUCCUCAGUCUCUGAAGAAGGAGCUUUCUGGUGUGUGUAGAGCAUGUUUCUCAGCAGAUGCAGUGAACAAACAUGUUGAAUUUGUAAGAGAAUACAAGCAGGAUUUUGAACGUGAUCUCGAUCCUGACAGUACUGCAACAUUUCCAGCAACUCUUUCUGAACUUACUGAAAGACUGAAGCAUUGGAAAAAUGUCCUGCAAAGCAACGUGGAGGACCGCUUUCCAGCUGUGCUGAAGUUGGAAGAUGAAAGUAGGGUGUUGAGAGAUUUUCAUGUUGUUGAUGUGGAAGUUCCAGGGCAAUAUUUUACCGAUCAGGAAGUUGCGCCAGAUCAUACUGUGAAGUUAGACAGGGUGGGAGCUGAUAUUCCAAUAGUGCGGAGACAUGGAAGCAGCUUCCGCCGUCUGACUCUGAUUGGAUCAGAUGGUUCUCAGCGCCAUUUUAUUGUUCAGACAUCUUUAACACCAAAUGCGAGAAGUGAUGAACGGAUUUUACAGCUUUUCCGUGUGAUGAAUCGGAUGUUUGACAAGCACAAGGAAUCACGACGGCGGCACAUCUGCAUUCACACUCCUAUUAUUAUACCCGUGUGGUCUCAGGUUCGCAUGGUAGAGGAUGAUCUGAUGUACAGCACUUUCCUUGAGGUUUAUGAGAACCAUUGUGCUAGAAAUGACCGGGAAGCGGAUUUACCAAUCACAUUUUUCAAGGAGCAACUCAACCAAGCAAUAUCUGGUCAGAUUUCACCAGAUGCUGUUGUUGAUCUCCGUCUUCAAGCAUACAAUGAGAUAACAAAAAGUUUUGUCACGGACAGCAUCUUCUCACAGUAUAUGUACAAAACUCUAUUGAGUGGCAAUCACAUGUGGGCUUUCAAAAAGCAGUUUGCUAUCCAGUUGGCUCUUUCUAGUUUUAUGUCUUUCAUGCUACAAAUUGGUGGAAGGUCUCCAAACAAGAUAUUAUUUGCUAAAAACACUGGAAAAAUUUUCCAGACUGAUUUCCAUCCUGCAUAUGAUUCAAAUGGAAUGAUUGAAUUUAAUGAACCGGUGCCCUUCCGCUUGACUAGAAAUUUGCAAGCAUUUUUCUCUCAUUUUGGAGUAGAAGGUUUAGUUGUUUCUGCCAUGUGUGCGGCUGCGCAGGCUGUGGUCUCUCCUAAGCAAAGCCAGCACUUAUGGUAUCAUCUGGCUAUGUUUUUUCGAGAUGAGCUGUUAUCUUGGUCUUGGAGAAGACCUCUUGGGAUGCCUCUGGCCCCUGUUGUAGGAGCAGGUAGUCUGAACCCCGUGGACUUCAAACAAAAAGUCACUAUAAAUGUUGAGAAUGUCAUUGGACGGAUCAAUGGAAUAGCCCCACAGUACAUCUCUGAAGAGGAGGAGAAUGGCAUGGAUCCGCCACAAUCUGUGCAGAGGGGUGUAGCGGAGUUAGUUGAAGCUGCCCUUACUCCAAGGAACUUGUGCAUGAUGGAUCCAACAUGGCACCCUUGGUUCUGAUUUUUUUUAA